AUGAAGAACAAGCUUGAGAGCUUGUGGGCUAAAUCGCGUUCGAUUAUGGUUGUUGACUUGGGGAAUGAUUUUUUUUCAAUCAAAUUCGCUAGUCUGGAAGAUCUGAGUAUAGCUCUAACGGGUGGGCCCUGGGUGCUGAUGGGCCACUACCUUGCAAUAAGGAAGUGGGAGCCAUGUUUCAAUCCUCAGAAGGCUAAUAUCCACAGAGUUGCAGCGUGGAUUCGUCUCCCUGGUAUUCCCCAGGAAGUUUGUGAGUAUUCCUUUCUGAAUCAUCUAGGUAACGUAAUUGGUAAAGUGAUUAAGGUAGAUAAAACAACCUCUAAUGGUGAGAGAGGGAAGUUUGCCAGAGUCUGUGUUGACCUAGAUUUAUCCUUGCCUUUAAGAGGUGAGUAUUUUUUAGAGGAUGAGAUCUUUAAAGUUGAGUAUGAAGGUCUGUAUUUGAUAUGUCUGAAAUGUGGCAAGUAUGGCCACAAUGUGGAUAAUUGCCCCGAGUGUUCGAAGCCAGUGGAGGUUAAGGGUGUUCCUGAGGAGAAGAAGGUUGAGCCAGAAGAGUCUUUGCUAAAACAAGGAAUUGGUCCUUGGAUGGUGAAGGCUAGUGCUUGGAAGCCUGUUUCGAGUGGGGUUAACCUCAACCUCAAAGUAAAUAGCAGUAGCACUCAGCAGCAUUCCUCUUUUAGUGGAACAGUGGAGAACUCUGUGUCUGCCCAUAGCAAUAAAGUUGGGGGGAAGAAAGUGGAGGUAAGUGCAGAUUUUAUCUUUUCUUCUGAUGCUUCCAGUUCCGGUACUAAGGAGUAUUUGAAGUUGGGAUCCUUGGAGAGUAAUGGGAAGGUGAGCUUUUCUAAAAGCAAGAACCUUAAAAAUAGAAGAGCUAUUACAAGGAGUAUUGGAGUUGAUUCUGGUCACAUUGGUAUUGAGUAUCCCUCUCCUUCUGUUUUGGGCAUUCAUCAUGAAGAUAACUCCAAGUCUUCAGUUAUGCCUGAGAAGGAUAAAUCUGUCAUUGUUGUUGAUGGGGUGGAGAUUUCUGAGGAUAUACCUCCUGAUAUAUUAAUAAGGGCUGAAAAUAUUUCCAUUGGUGAAUUAGUUGGAAUGGAAAUAGAGAGGGUAGAGGAUCCCUUAAACUCUGAUUUUAUAAUGGAGAGUACCCAGGAACUUAGUAAUCCUGGCACCUUCUAUGUUAUCCCUAAGGAGGAAGUUAGAGAAGCCCUUUGGAUUGACUUGAUAAGAAUUGGUGAUUCAGUGAUUGGUCCUUGGAUGAUGAUGGGGGACUUUAAUGAAAUUGUUUCUCCAAAGGAAAAAAUAGGUGGAGCUCCUUUUAAUCUAGCCAGAAGUUUAAAAUUUGCUGUUGUGCUAAAUGAUUGUAAUGUGGUGGAUAUUGGGUGUAGAGGCUCUAAAUUCUCUUGGAGAGGUCCAAAAUGGCUACAUCUGGAUAGGGUAUUUAAAAGGCUGGAUAUGGUGUGUGCAAAUGCUGCUUGGAGAACCACUUUUGCAGAAGCAUAUGUGAGAAACUUGCCCAGAUUGAACUCUGAUCACAAUCCCCUAUUGGUUUCCUUUUUCCCUACAAGGCACAAGUGGAGAGAUAGGCCUUUCAGGUUUAUUGCAGCUUGGCAGGAACACUCUUCCUUUCCUCAUUUUCUAAAGGAUGUGUGGUGUUCGGAUCUGAAUAUUAAUCAAAGUCUGGAUUUUCUGGUUGAGCAACUAAAGUCUUGGAAUAGAAGGGUUUUUGGCUGCAUUCAGAUCAGGAAGGAUUUCUUGUUGAGAAAACUUCAGGAAACUCAAUUGAGAUCUCUCCAUAAUUCUGAUGAAGGUUGCUUGGCUUUUGAAGAGGCUAUUCAAAAAGAGUUGAAUCUGGUUUUAGAACAAGAGGAAACAUUAUGGUUUCAAAAAGCUAGGUGUAAGUGGAUUGAGGAUGGGGAUCGCAAUACCACCUUUUAUCAUACCACCACUAUCAUCAGGAGGGCUAAGAAUAAGAUUCUGGAAUUGAAGAAUGAUGAAGGUCACUUUGUGAGGGAGGAAGACAAUCUGUUGAAGCUUAUUCUGGCCUUUUUUGGGAAGCUUUAUUCUGAAGAUUGUUUCUGUAGGCCUUGGAUUUCAACUAAACACAGCUGGCCAGCCUUGGAUAACAGUGAUUUGGAAGGAUUGAGGUUGAGUAUUUCGGAUGUGGAGAUUAAAAAAAUAUUUUUCUCUAUGGGAGCUCUAAAAGCACCAGAUCCAGACAGAUUUCCAGCAUUGUUCUUUCAAAAGAAUUGGCAUUUGGUGGAGAAGCGAGUCUGUGAUAGUGUGAAGAGCAUGUGGAAUAAUCCUGUGGGUAUCAAGGAGGAGAUGAUCCAUUCUAUGAGUAGGAUGAGAGGCAAAAGAGGUUUCUUUGCUAUUAAAAUUGAUUUGGAGAAAGCAUAUGAUCGAAUUUCAUGGAGGUUCAUCCGGGAAGUUCUAACAGAAAUUAAGCUACCUGAAUCUUUCAUUGAGCUUAUUAUGUAUUGUAUAUCCUUUUCCGAGCUAGAGAUUCUUUGGAAUGGGGCUAAAGGGGGGUCAUUUUCUCCUAGCAGAGGUAUAAGACAAAGGGAUCUCAUAUCCCCUUACAUUUUUGUACUCUGCAUGGAAAAGCUUUCUCACAUCAUAGCUGAUGCAGUGGAGAAGAGGGAGUGGAAUCCUAUGAAAGCAGCUUCUACUAACCAAAUUGAUUCUGUCAUGAAUUGCUUAAAUUCGUUUGGAGAGGCUUCAGGACAAAAAGUUAGUAUGUUGAAAUCCAAUAUAUUCUUUUCCAAGAAUGUAUCUAAUGAUCUGGCCAUUGAUAUUGUGGAGAGAAGUGGUUUUGCUCGCACAAAGAACAUUGGUAGAUAUUUAGGCUACAAGAUGAAGCAUGGGAGAAUUGGUAAGUCUCACUAUGGUGACAUUAUGGAUAGAGUCAAUUCCAGAUUGAGUGGUUGGAAGAAGCAGUGCUUAUCUAUGGCUGGAAGACUCAUUCUGGCCAAAUUUGUCAUUUAUGCCAUCCCAAUGUUUAGCAUGCAUAACAGUCUCCUCCCUGUUGCUAUAGUUCAAGCUAUCGAAAAGCUGCAAAGAAACUUCAUCUGGGGGGAUUCUGACAAUCAUAGAAGACAGCAUUUGAUUGCUUGGGAGUGUCUUCAGCUUCCCAAGGAGGUAGGGGGUCUGGGGAUCAUUAAUUUGAAGAAGCAAAAUGAAGCCUUCUUUCACAAAAAUAUCUGGAAUUUGAUUAAUAAUCCUUCUCAGUUAUGGACUCAAGUCAUCCUGGCUAAAUAUGGCAGAAAGAAUGAGGUAGCUAAAAAUGUUUCUGUUAAAGCAUAUGAUUCUCAUUUUUGGAGAGGGAUGUGUAGAGUCUGGUUUGAUGCAGUGGAGAAUUUUAACUGGCAGGUUGGUAAUGGACAACAUGUUAGCUUUUGGACUGAUAAGUGGGCUGGUCUUGAGUAUAAUCUCCUAUAUUAUGCUAAGUCUAUUCCUGAGGAUACUGAGAUUGAGCUGAAAGCUGAUCACAGUACCUUCUCUUCCCCGGAAGGUUGGGAUAUAAAUUAUCUGUCCAGAUUUUUUAAUGCCGAAAUCUGUAAUGUGAUAUUGGCUAUUCCCCCACCUGAUGUUGAAAGGGAAGCUGAUUGUUUGGUUUGGAAGAAUUGGAGUCCGAGUUUUUCAAUGGUGAGAAUGGCUUAUAUUAAGUUGAUGAAUUUUCCUAAAAGCAACCUGAAUGAAAACUGGGGGAAGAUAGGGAAGUGGAGUGGGCAAGAAAGAAUUAAAAUUUUCAUGUGGAAGUUGAACCAUGGUCGACUGCUGACCAAAGAGAGGAUUACUAAGUGGGGAAGCACUUCUGACAGAUGUAAGCACUGUCCUGGAAAGUAG